AUGAAACCCGUUGUGUCGGCGUUGAACGCCUGGUCCUGUGUCGUUAUCUCCAUCUUUGCUAUCGUUAUUCUCUCUGUCCUCGGCUCGCUAUAUGGCAGCAAUAACCACUCUUUCACCGGCUCGGAAGGUGACCCGGAAGAUGGCCCUGCAGUUGCUGCCUCCAUCUAUGUCGCGGUGAUUGUCUAUGCUGGAUUCUUCGUGUUCUGCGGUUUCCAAGCCUACCUCCACCUUCGAGACAGCCGGGGCGGUGCCAUAUCACUUCGUUAA